GAAACGCAAAAAUUAUUAUCAUUAUUAUUGCGUAUUUUUUUAUAAAAACACCUACCUUGAGUAGUGAGUACCUUGUCUGAUUAUAACGAGAUAAGUUGAGCGUUGUAAUAGACUAUCUAAGCUAACCACUUUAGUUGGACAUUGAACUCUACAAGUGUAUAUAUAAGAUUAUUUAAUAAUUAUUUCCAAGCUAGGUACUUAGUAUUUUAGAAACAUAGGAUGCUUCUAAGAAACAUAUUUAUUAAGAAAAUGCCUCUAAUAUUAGCUCAGCAUGUAAAUACAAAAAGUUUUCAUAGUUCAAGAUUAAAAGGAAAAGUUGCCAUUAUUACAGCCUCAACAGAUGGAAUUGGAUAUGCCAUAGCCAAACGUCUUGGAAAUGAAGGUGCUUCAAUUAUAAUUAGUAGCCGGAAGGAGGAAAAUGUAAAAAAAGCAACAGAAGAACUUCGCAGAGAUGGUAUUGAAGUUGAAGGUGUGGUUUGCCAUGUUGGAAAUGAGGAUCAAAGAAAACAAUUGUUUGAAACGGCUAAAAGCAAGUUUGGUGGACUAGAUAUUUUGGUAUCAAAUGCAGCAGUGAACCCCUCUGUGGCUGAUACAUUAGAGACUGAAGAGAAGGCAUGGGACAAAAUAUUUGAAAUAAAUGUAAAGUGUUCUUGGUUAUUAGCAAAAGAAGCUUACCCAGAAUUGAUUAAACGAGGUGGAGGCAGCAUUGUUUUCAUAUCAUCAAUUGCUGCUUAUCAACCUAUGCAGCCUUUAGGUGUGUACAGUGUAAGUAAAACAGCUCUGGUAGGACUUACAAAAGCAAUUGCUAAUGAAGUCGUAAGGGAAAAUAUUAGAGUAAAUUGUGUGGCACCAGGAAUAGUUGCUACAAAAUUUGCAUCUGCAAUAACAUCAACAGACUUAGGAAAAGAAACAUCUUUGUCAAUAGUACCAAUGAAAAGAUUUGGAAAACCUGAUGAAAUAGCUGGUGCUGUUGCCUACUUGGUCUCCGAUGAUGCUACUUAUAUGACAGGAGAAACCCUUGUUGUUGCUGGUGGUACUCAUUGCAGAUUAUAAUUCAAAUUAAAUUAUAAGGAUAGAAUAUUUUAUUUUCAUAAAACUAUAUUUUUAUAUAAGGGGAUAUUUUUAUUCAUCAUCAUCAGAAUCUAAUAAAUCUGUUUUAUUAAUA